AUGUUAACUGAAGUGUUCUCCGUCUUUCUCUCAGAGCCUCAGCUGAAAGGCAUCGUCACCCGUCUCUAUUGUCGGCAUGGCUUCUACCUGCAGAUGUCACCCGAUGGCACCUUGGACGGCACAAAGGACGAAAGCAGCUGCUUCUUGCUGUUCAACUUGAUUCCUGUGGGUCUGAGGAUAGUCGCCAUCCAGAGCACUAAGUCAGGACUCUACAUAGGCAUGAACAGCGAGGGCCACCUCUACACAUCAGAACAUUUCACGCCUGAGUGUAAGUUUAAGGAGUGUGUAUUUGAGAACUAUUAUGUGACAUACUCCUCGAUCUUGUACCGCCAAACGCAGUCGGGUCGGGCCUGGUACAUUGGCAUUAACCGGGACGGACAGGUCAUGAAAGGAAAUCGGGUCAAAAAGACCAAAGGAGCGGCUCACUUCCUGCCCAAGCUCAUAGAGGUUGCCAUGUACAGGGAGCCGUCGCUACAUGAGGUUGCUCAGCAAAGCCCGCCUAGGAAAACAGCCAAAACCUCAGACUCGCCCGUCCAUAAAAACGGCAAGAAAGAAAAAGUGCUUCCCGUCCCCACAGCAUCCUAGCGGCAGGAGAAGAAACGCUUCGUUUGCACGGACACGCCACGAUCCGCCAACACUGGCACGGGAGGUUUGGUACAAACAUUGUUUUGUAGUCCCUCCACCAAUCCUCAGAACGUUGACAUUUCCAACAAUGCAUCAGGGCCCAAAAGACCCUUGCCGAUAGGUCUAAUGCCCACCGCACUUCCUUUUUGGUCUCUCCCGCUUCCCCGACCAAGGGAAUACUGAGCAAUAAUAACCGUAAUGGUCUGG